AUGUUCUUCGACGGAGCUGUGAAUGCUAAAGAUGUCGGGAUUAGGCCAAUUUUGAUUUCGUCCACUGGUAAGAACUAUCCGACCAUAACCCAGCUUCGGUUUCUUUGUACGGACAACACUUCCGAUAAUGAAGCCUACAUUAUGGGCAUGAAUAUGGCAGUCGAUCAGGAUGUGGAAGAAUUGUUAAUCAUGGGAGAUUCUGACCUGAUUAUUCGACAAGCUCAAGAAGAUCUUAGCAAACAGUUCAAAUCCGUCGAGUUUAGGUAUAACCCUCAGUUCCACAAUGAGUUAGCUGAUGCACUGGCCACUUUAGCUUCAAUGCUGCCGUAUCCAGGAAAACAGGGGCAAUCCAAAACAACCUCGCAAGAUGCAGGUGCGAUAAAAGCAAAGUACGCAGAGACCAAAUUG